AUGCCACCACGCGCACGCGCAAAACCCGCAUCGGCCCUUGCUGGCCUGGUGGGAUCUGACUCGGAACCCGAUUUGGAUGCUUUUGACGAGGCUGAGAUUCAAGCUGCGCGCACAAUGAGUGCUACGAAGAAACCCCGCGGCCGACCUCCACGCACUGCAAACAAGGUGACAAAGACCACGGCUUCAUCUACGCACCGAGGAAGCGGCAUGCUCUCGGCCGUUCCCGAGUCAGCGACACGACCAAGUACAGCGACCAAGACAAAUUCUGGCAUGGCGGGAGCGGGGCGCAAAGCCCAACAAAACGUCCAGGAUGAGACCGUCACAUUCGAUGAUAUCGAGGCGCUCCCGAGUGUCAUGUCGACAGUCACGAAAAAAGGGACACGCGGUCGACCUAGAAGCGUACCUCCCUCAGCUUCGAAAAAUGCCAACAACGAUACGUCAGUGCUGGUCCCGCCAAGCGCAGCAAAACGACGAGGCCGACCGCCCCGACAAGCCGUGAAGCCGCCCGAGGAAAUCCCAGAAACACAACAAGAAGAUGCAAUGGAGUUGGACGUCGUAGUAGAAGAGGAGGAGGAAGAUAUUAAUGGAGACGUGGCGCCGGUUACUGAGCCACUUGAAUCGUGGGCAGGAUAUGAUGGAAGCGAAGUGUCAUUGCGCAGGCGACUUGGGGAGCUCUCAAAGAAGUACGAGAAUCUGGAUAUGCGUCACCGUGAUCUACGCGAGGUAGGGGUGAAAGAGGCUGAGCGCAAUUUCGAGCGGCUCAAGAAGCAAGCUGAAGAAAGGACCGCAGCCGCAAAUCAAUUGAUUGCUGAACUCAAGGCUGAACUUGCCGCGCAGACCGCUCUUGCAGAGGAAGGCGAGCAACUACGACAGCAACUAGAAGAGAGUGAAGCAAAGGCUGAGGAUUUAGAGGCUACCAUUGAGGAACUGACUGGUUCUUUGUCAGAAGCCAAGUCGGAAAUCAAAACACUCUCUACGAAACUGGCCGCUGUCAGGUCAGGAGACGUGAACUCCAGGGUUCCAGGAAGCGCUAUGAAGGCGGGUGGGUUGGCAAGCCGCACAGCACAGGCCGAAGCGGCACAUGCGACGCAAGCCACCGCGCAAGCCAAGGAAGAUCUCUACGCAGACUUGACAGACCUGAUUAUCCGUGGGGUGAGACAAGAAGAGAUGGAAGAUGUUUUUGACUGCAUCCAGACUGGACGCAACGGCUCUCUUCACUUCAAGUUAGCGGUAGAAACCACUGAGGCAUCAGAAAGUUACGAGGAUACGCAGUUUACCUACCGACCACAGCUCGAUUCUAACCGCGACGGGGAAUUGAUGGAUAUGCUACCGGAUUAUCUUGUCGAGGAGAUUACCUUCCCACGGCCCCAGGCUUCUCGAUUCUAUGCAAGGGUGGUCAAGUCUCUGACUGAGCGGAUUGAAUAA